AUGGCGCUCGAUAGAUUUUUGCUUCGUCGUGAUGAUUUGGACUGUGAAAGCAUUGCGCUUGGGAUUGCCUAUGCCGGCGGCCUCGUGACUUGCGAGCGACACCUGUGCGAGGCUUUGAGAGAUGGGAUUCACGACGCUUUUAAGCAUUACGCCCAUCACGACAUCAGUGUCAAUGACACCACUGAUGAUGAUGAUGACGGAGACUCUCACAGCUCAUUCCUCUAUUGGACUGAAGAUCCCAGUGUGGACUGGGGCCUUUCUCCCGUCCUGUGUUCGGGUCCGCCUCGAUAUCCUGAAUCGUGCCAAGAAGAAGAAAAUGGGCGUUUGGUUGAAUUCAAGUUCGUGGAGUUCGACGACGACGGGGGUUUCGUGUACGCGUCGCCGCCGCCGCCACCACCGCCAGCACCGGUGAUGGGCAACAAGGGAUCGACGGACGCCAGUGUCUCUGGUGGCGCCGCUGCGAGCCCGCGGCUCCUCCGCGGGCUCAAAGCCGCCCGCGCGUCCAAGCACCAUGGCACGCCCCUUUCCACCAAGCGAAAGCCGAAGGCGCCGCGACCGCCAGUUGCCGCCCAGCCGCCGCCGCCGACGGAUGCCUCGCCGCAGGUGGAGCAGAGCUCGGAGGACUCGAGUCCCCUGACGCCGAGCUUCGUGACGGUGGGGAUCGCCCAGAGCCCGUCGGACAGUUUCCGGGAGUUGGAGGCCUGUGCCGCCCCGAGAUGCGCCCACGCUGACCCGGACCCCGGCAUGGCUGCCUUCACGCUGUCCAAGCUCAAGAAGGUCGAGCUGCAGGCCUGCAAACUGGCCCGGCCCAAGGACCCGCUGGCCAGCGACCUCUGUCUCUCGUCCUCUGCCUCCUCAGCUAGGAAACGUGUGCUGAACAUGUUCAUCUGA